AUGCAGUCCUCCUCGUCGUCCUUUUCUUCUUCGCGCUGUAAUAGUAAAGGCGCUUCGUCGUCGUCAUCUGUUCCCCGCGUUUGCUCCUUCUCGAAAGCGUUCAGAACAACAACGAGAACGACACCACCCUCGUUAUUAAGAGCGAACCCGUUCGAGAAAUCCCCGAUCGUCCUCUCCGAAGACAGCUCGGAACGAACCGUUUUAGACGUCCUCGAACGAACCAGGGAAAGUUUGCUCGAAGACGAGGAAGUGUCCAAACAAAACGCGUUGGCGAAUUACGGCAACAUGCUGAGGCUUCCCGGAGGCCCAAAAAUUUUAAGCGAGAUUCCGCCGGAGGUAUUACCGAUGUUACUCAGGCUACCGACGACGAGAGGGGACGUGGAAAAGCUGAGGAAGGCGAAAGAUGGGUACGAACAAUGGGAGGAGGCCUUGAAGAAAGGGUUUUUACCGAAAUCUUCGUCUUCGUCGUCUUCGUCGUCGGCGAACGGAUUCGACCCCCACGCGGUGGAUUGGCCGGAGGACGAGACGUUUCGAGAGGCGUUGUUGGAAACGUUGGGGGAGUUAGAUAUGGCGAGGUUUACGAGGAAGUUUCCUCCGGUUUUGAAGACGUUGAUGCGGAACGUUUUGGAUAUUUUGUACCAGUACGAAGUCGCGAUGGACGGCGAGGAAGAGGAGGAUCCGAAUUCCGAUCCGAGGCAAAGCACGGAGAGCAGUCAAAGCAGAGGCGGAGAGCAAGAACCGAACGAGGACGAGGAGAUGAACCCAGAUGGAAGCGGAGCAGGGGACGAUACCAACCAAGAGGAAGGCGAUCCUAACGGGGAGACGAGUGGAGGUGGCUCCAGCGGCGACGGCGACGGGAAAGACGAAACGGACGUGGACGACAUCGAGAUGAACAUGGAAUCGAAGGAAAAAGACAACGACGCGUCGUCGAACGCGGAGGAAAAACGGAAAGAAAAAGAGAAACAAAAGAGAGAAAUGGUGGAAAAGAUGAUGGAAGAUUUCAAAGAGCAAUGGGAACCCGCGGUGGAUAAACUGGAAAAAGCCUCGAAAGCGUUCGAAGGUUUAGAUUUGAACGAUUUAACCGAAGGGCCGGAAGGGUUUGAUUUAUCCAAAGGGUUGUGGCAAGUCACCGGUUGGGAAGAGAUGGAAAAGUUGCGGAAAAAGUUGCAAGAUUUGAAGGAACUGAGAGACAUCGUGCGUUCUUUAGGACGCGGUUCGGGAAGAGGCCCGUUAAAACGCGCCCCUCGACAGCGCGAACGCAAUCGAUUCCCGGAAGGCUUGACGCGAUCUCCCAUGGAACCCGAACAAACGAGCGGUUUAACUCGCUCGGACGAUAUCUCGCGCGUACUCCCGGCCGAGCUUCAACUGUUAGCCAUGAAAGACUCCGCCGCUGCUCGCCGGUUACACUUUGCGCGUCGCGCCGAACGCACGUUAGCUACGUACGAACGCGUCGGGUGGGCGGAAACGCCCGCGGUUACCGUCGAAGGGUUAGAAACCCGUCCCGCGGCGGAAUGCGGUCCAAUCAUUGUCUGUCUCGACACCUCUGGCUCCAUGAUGGGCGCCCGCGAAACCGUCGCCAAGUGCAUGACUCUCGAGUGCGCGCGACAAGCGCGCACGACCAACCGCCCGUGUUUCCUCUACGCCUUCUCCGGCCCGGGCGAUUGCAUGGAACUCGAACUCAAAGUCUCCGCCAAAGGCCUCUCCGAUUUACUCGCGUUCCUCGAAGGCUCAUUCCACGGCGGCACGGACGUCGACGAACCCUUCGAACGCGCCUUGGCGCGUUUAGACACCGAAGAGUGGGAAAACGCGGACAUCCUUCUCGUCACGGACGGUGAAAUCAAACCCAUGCAAGAAGACUUGUUGGACGCGCUCGACCAACGCAAAUCGGAGCGCGGGUUGAAAGUCCACGGACUCGUCGUCGGAGAACAAGGGAACCCGGACGUCGUCGAGGCGGUGUGCACGCACACGCAUAACUUUAGGAGUUGGUCUGCCGUCACGUAA